CAGCGUGCACGAGCGUGGUGGAGAGCUUCUUUCCUGGCCGAGUAGUAGAGCGAGAGUGGAGCGCGUGGCGCACCGAAAGAACCUCAAUAUGGUGCUGCUACACGUGCUGUUUGAGCAUGCCGCUGGAUAUGCGCUGUUCGCCGUGAAGGAGGUGGAGGAGAUCGGCAUGCUGCUGCCUCAGGUGGAGGAAAGCGUCCUGAACAUCGGUAAAUUCAACAGUGUGGUGAAACUGGCAGCUUUCUUCCCGUUUAAGUCUGCUCAGGCUGCCCUGGAAAACAUAAACGCCAUUUCAGAAGGAGUCGUCCAUGCUGACCUUAAGCUGUUUUUGGAGACUAACUUGCCUUUAGGAGGCAAGAAGAAGGCUGCGCUGUUGGGGGCAGCCGACGGCAAAAUCGGCGCAGCACUGCAGGAGGAGCUCGGCGUGUCCGUCCAGACUGGAGGGGUGGUGGCGGAGAUCCUCCGAGGUGUGCGCUUGCACUUUCACUCUCUAGUCAAGGGCCUCACGGCUCAGGCUGCGUCCAAAGCACAGCUCGGUCUGGGUCACAGUUACUCCCGGGCUAAGGUCAAGUUCAACGUGAAUAGAGCCGACAACAUGAUCAUCCAGUCCAUCGCCUUGCUCGAUCAGCUGGACAAGGACAUCAACACAUUCUCCAUGCGUGUUCGUGAGUGGUACGGCUACCACUUUCCUGAGCUGAUCAAGAUCGUAAGUGACAACGCCACAUACUGCAAGCUGACCAAGUUUAUCGGGAACAGGAAAGAGCUGAGUGAGGAGAGCCUGGAGCCUCUUGAGGAGAUCACAAUGGACAGUGCUAAAGCCCAGGCCAUCCUGGAUGCAUCCCGCUCAUCUAUGGGAAUGGACAUCUCCCCCAUCGACCUGAUCAACAUCGAGAGUUUCUCCAGCAGAGUUGUGUCCCUCACAGCUUACAGACUGGGGCUGCAGGAGUACCUGCGCUCCAAAAUGUCUCAGGUGGCCCCCAAUCUGGCAACGCUCAUCGGUGAAGUGGUUGGCGCUCGUCUCAUCUCCCACGCCGGGAGCCUGACUAACCUGGCCAAGUACCCGGCCUCUACAGUGCAGAUCCUCGGAGCAGAGAAGGCCCUGUUCAGGGCGCUGAAGACGAGAGGAAACACCCCAAAGUACGGUCUGAUUUUCCACUCCACCUUCAUCGGCCGCGCUGCUGCCAAGAACAAGGGGCGCAUCUCCCGUUACCUCGCUAAUAAGUGCACCAUCGCCUCUCGGAUCGACUGCUUCGCUGAUGUUCCUACUAGUGUGUACGGAGAUAAACUGAGAGACCAGGUAGAAGAACGGCUAGCGUUUUACGAGACCGGUGAGACGCCGAGGAAGAACGUGGAUGUCAUGAAAGAGGCGGUUGUACAGGCUGGUGAAAUGGCAGCAGAGAUGAAGCGCAAAAUUGAGAAGGAGGAGAAGAAGAAAAAGAAGCGUGAGAAGAGAAAACUGGAAGCUCUGUCCGUAACCGAGGGAGACGAGGUAGCGGUUGAAACCAAGAAGGUCAAAUUGAACAGGGAUGCUGAGACACAAGAAAAUGGGGAGAAGAAGAAGAAGAAAAAGGUAAAAGUGGAGGAAGAGGAAGAGGUGGUGACAAACGGUCAGGAAGAGGUAGCUCCUCAGAAAAAGAAAAAGAAAAGAGAGUACAAAGCUGUCGAACUGGAGCCAGAGGUGAAGGAGGAAAUUGAGGAACCCGAACAGACUGACAAGAAAAAGAAGAAGAAGAAAAAGAAGGCAGAUGAAUAAUGAGCCACCCUUAAAUAAUGAUUAUUUUUUAAUACUGUACAGUUUUGUUUGGUUUUUUUUUUUUUUUUUUUGGACAAGAAAUCCUGUUCAGAAUGUACUGCGAAAUCUUUCAGUUUUUUAAAAAAAUAAUUUUCCUUAAAGUCUUUGAGCAUCUAUGAGUGAGCACUGUGCCUCGGGCUCAAAUUAGAACAGUCUGCCCAUUUUAUCGGUAGUGCACCUCUCAGCCGUUAUAAGUGUCCACGCUUAAUGUAAAUAUUUUGUCUAACAAAACAAGGGGUCUGAUUAAAUGAUCCAUAAUGGAAACUAUCUGCCGAAUAUAUAAAACUGUCUUGGCUUGUAAUUGAUUGGACUAUAAAGACCACUGCAGCUGUUUGAACCGCCAGUAUUUAAUGUCUUCAUUGUACAUUUUUUUUUAGCUGAAAAUAAACGCUGUAUCACUUUC